CAUUUGACAGUUGUAUGUAGUUGUAAUUUUGAGGUGCGAGGAGCCUAAAGACUAAAGGUAGUGGUGUCGGAAAAACUGAAGAAAUACAAUAGAGAGUGGAGUUGGGAUUAUCUUGAGAAGAAAUUGAGUUUUCUCCCUUUUGUAACUGACAUUUAAAAUAGUUCUCUGUUAGAAUUAUGAAGAGAGUCAUACUCUUCAGAAACGGAACAGAAGUUGAUGGGAAGGUUAUACUCGUUACUCAUUCUCUUGAAGAGUUGUUAUCAUCAGCCAGUGCCAAGUUUGGAAUUGUGGCAAAACGAUUAUUCACAGUUCAGGGUGGUGAGAUUGAUGAUUUGAAAUUAAUUCGGGAUGAUGACAUUUUGUACGUCGCAGAAAGUGAGAAUUUCAUUCCUGUAAGAUCAUCAGUAAGAAGUGCUCCAUGUAUCAACAGCCAUUCUCCAUCAUCGGUGACAUCUGGUGACCGCAGUGUUUCUUUAUGUUCAAAGUUAAAUUCAGAAUGGGUUACUUUGAAUGUUGGUGGCAAAUAUUUUACAACUUCAAGAAGUACCUUGAUGACCAAGGAACCAAUGAGUAUGUUAGCUAGAAUGUUUGCGGAAGGAGAUAAUGGCUACAUAAUGACACCAAGUAAUGUCGAUAAAAAUGGAGCCUACCUUAUCGAUCGCAGUCCUACAUAUUUUGAACCUAUUUUGAAUUACCUCCGAAAUGGACAGCUAAUUUUUGAUAACAAUGUUAAUCCUGAAGGAGUCCUGGAAGAGGCAAGAUUUUUUGGAAUUGAGUCUUUGGUUCCACAGUUGGAAUCACUAAUUCAGAGCAGUCAGCGGUCCCGUGACAAUGUACCUCUAACCAGACGAGAUGUAGUGAACGCUCUUAUUUUAACGCCAUACACUGCAGAACUGAGGUUUCAAGGAGUCAAUCUUGCAGGCUCAGACCUCUCACGAUUGGAUCUACGCUACAUUAACUUUAAGUAUGCAUGUCUCCAUGGUUGCCGGAUGGUUGGAGCAAAUCUGAGCUGGUGUUGCAUGGAGAGAGCCGACCUAUCACAUGCACAACUUGAAGGGGCACAACUUUUAGGGGUGAAAAUGCUUUGUGCCAAUCUAGAAGGUGCCAACCUCCGAAGCUGUAACUUUGAAGAUCCAGCUGGCAGUAGAGCUAAUAUGGAAGGUGUCAAUCUGAAAGGUGCAAACUUGGAGGGUAGCAACAUGGCUGGUGUGAAUCUUCGUGUUGCGACGCUGAAAAACGCAAACCUUCAAAACUGUGAUCUGCGAGCUGCAGUGCUGGCUGGAGCAGAUUUGGAGAAUUGUGACCUCUCUGGCAGCGAUCUGCAUGAAGCCAAUUUGCGAGGGGCAAAUCUAAAAGAUGCAGCAUUCGAACUAAUGUUAACACCACUUCAUAUGUCACAGACAAUUCGUUAGUGGCAAUUUCAAGAACUUGAAAACAGUGCUUGUUAUAAAUCAGUUUAUAUAUUCUGUGUAUGAAUGUAUUAUCAUUACUGUAGAACAUGAGUAAGAGAUUUACUGCCAGUUCGGUUUCAGAAUUGAUCACAUUCCUCAGGUGAUGAUUUUGCUACAGAGCAUGUAAAUGAAGAAGGAGUUCCAGCACUGCUUGCAGAGCAUAAACUGUGAAAUUGCUGUGCUUCUUUCUUAUAAUUCUGAAGACACUGGUCUGAAGUGUGAGAGUGUUCCUACACAUGCAGGGGUCCGCAACUUUGUUGAUCUUCAUGGCCAGGUUUCCCUGAUAUGGAGUCUCUUUUGACCUUUUGAUAAUUAUUCAAACACUCAUGAUUUUCUCCUUUUUUACAACACAGCAUCAUCACUAUGUUCAUUAUAGCUCAUCCUGAAUCAUUUUACUCCAUUCUGUGUCUUCAAAUCCUGUUUAUUGUAACAUCUAUUUUAAUAUCAUCCUGCCAACUGUGCAUAGGACACUAAAGUCAUCUCUUCUCUUAAUUUUGUUUUAACUGAAGUGUGCGCUUUUCUUAUUUUCAUUGUGUGUUGUACAUGUCUCGCUCAUUUCAUCUUUGUUCUAGUGACUUUGACACUAUAGGAUGAUAAAUCAUGAUAAUCCUUGAAUGUGUCAUGUGAUGUGUAGUAAAGUGAUUACUAAAUUUUAUUAUCAAUCAAAAAUUUCUGACAAUGGUUUGAUGCGAUGAAAAUUACUGUUUUCUGGGAUGUGAUGCCAUGUAGUCUGGUCAAAGUUCUCUGAUGUUUUUUAUUCAAAAUGUCUGGCAAUAAAUGUAUUAAUAGUUAAUAGUAUUACAGUAAGUGUAAGUGAGCUAUAAUAUUGUUACUUUCUACAUAACUUGCAUGGAUUGUGACUGGCAGAUGUUGUACCUGAUACAUUUUGUAGGUGUCUCUACUCUCUUCAUAUAGUUAUUGUAUGAGAUUAUCUUAUCUGUGUGUAAAAGUAGGUGAUCUCAGUGGUAUUAUGUAUGUCAGAUUUCUGACUUUUGAUACAGAUAUCUUGAAAAUGUAUAAAAUUGAAAUAAGUGAGGUAAUGGAUUAUUUUGUAGAUAUAUUAAUAUUAUGAAGUCUCAAAAAAUGGAAUAAAAGACACCACAUUCCUUUCAAGAUUUCCUUUGCUGCAGUUGAUAAGCUAUGAAUUGAAUCAUAUCUCCUGUGUACAGUGGAACUCCCAUUUAUUUAUUGUUCUUCAGUUUAAGGUUGUACACCAAUUUUCUGUUCAAUUUCAGAGAUCCCAAGGCAGCAAUCUCAUUCUUAAAUUUGCCUGAGUUUAGUGUUAUAAUCCACUGCUCUCCAAAAUAAGCCUUAAGUGGGGUUUCACUGUGACUGUUUCAGCAUGAACUUAUGGAGCCUUUGUAAGUGUGGUCACCAGAUGUUUUGAUAUUCAAUAGCCACAGGCCUGAGCCAGUUCACAUCACAUGUCAUUUGUUUUGUGCUAGAUACAUGCAUACUUCUACAUUUUCUCUAAGGGACGGUAAAAUUUCCAAUGAAAAUGAAUAAGGGACUGCAAUUUACACAUAUAUUUUAAAUGUGUUCUUUGCAAUUUUGCGCAGUUCGUUAAGCUUAAUGUUUACUUGUUGCAUAUGUAAAUGUGUUGUUUGGAAUCAGACACACUCAUUUGAAAUUGGAACUGAUCUACAGGCUUGACAACAAUUGAAUCUUUUGAUUCUUGGCAGAAUCAGAGAUAUUUAUCUUCUUCACAGCAUCUAGAAUGGCUCUGGAGCCCACCCUGCCUCCUGUACAAUUGCCACAUGGCUUCUCUCACAGGAGGUGAAGCAGUUAGGUCAUGAAGCUGUUGACUUACCUCCAUCUAGUGCUGAGGUUCAGAAUUCAUGGUGGAGAUCUUCUCGUGUCUUACUGGCAUGGUGCUUUUUUUAAUUUCAGGGACAACUUUACUAAUAAAUGUACUAUUGCAAAGCUAAUCAGACUGAGCAGAGAUUCAAUUUACGUGUACUUUCAUUUUGUUUUACAUAUGCACUAUAUUAAAAAAUGUUCACAGUGAAGGAUCUUAUUGAGAUAUAUUGUAUGUUUUAUGCUGUAUACAAGUUUCUUGCUGUAAGUUUUUUAAGAAGAGAAGUUUGACUUCCUGGAAAAAAAAAGUAUUUAUAUUGACUCUUGACCAUUAUAAAACUGAAGGAGUACUAGAAAACAGUGAAGAACUUUUUGACUGAUGUGGUAAAAAAUUAACCUAAAGUUGUUUCCAUACUUAUUUAAGCAGUAUACCAUAAAAAAAUUUGCAAGAUUGAAGGUGUAGCUCCAUACAUUCUUAACCUCAGCACUGGAUGGAUGUGGUCAACUUCAAGCCUCAGCUGACUUAUCCCUGAGAAAAGAUCACUGGUACCAUUGUAUAUGAGACUGAGUGGGUCCCAGAACCACUGUAGAUAUUGUAGAAAAAAUCUCUGCCCUAUUAAGAAUUGAACGCCUUGUUACUAUACUAAAUUAGCUACCAUGGCUUGUGCACUAAUAUAGGCCAAAAUUAAAUUUCACCAGCAAUUUUUAUUGUAGACCAUCAGUAACAGAUUUCAUAGAAAUCUUUUCUAUAUUUUUAUCUGUAAGGUAUGUGGAUGAACCAGAGGCGGCAAAAUUAUGGCUUGCGGGCCUGAUGUUUCCCAUGAAGAAAUUAAGUAAAGCAUGCUGUGGUAGUUUAGUUGGUUGGGGCUCUAUGCUACAGGCUGGAAGAUCACAGGAUCGAAUCACGAUGAGGUGAAUUUUUUCAGUGUACCUAAUCCUUCCAGC